GACGUCGUCUGUCCAACAGCAACCCGGACCAUCCAGAACCGGGGCUGUGGCAAGACAUGCCCCUUUUCGGAUUGCACCUUCCGGACCACAAUCCAGAACCCCUGCAACUGUCCGUCCGCCUUCCCCACAGCCACGCUCAUCGCCCCCUGCGAGGCCGAGUGCCCUUACCAAGGCUGCGACAUCGAGUUCCGCACGGCCACGAUGCCCUGCCCAACAAAAACCACGACGACGUCAACCAGGCGGCCGACGACAACAACGAGGAGGAGCACCACCUCCACCACCCGCCAGACAACGUCCGCCUCCUCGACGCCGACGCGCGUGAUCACGAGCAUCGUCACGCUGCCGCCCAAGUUCAGCUCGACGACGAAGUCGUCGUCGACGCCGUGCCCCAAGGUUACGCGCACGACCAGACCGGCCGACUGCCCCACGAUGCGAUGCCCUGUGCCGACAUGCCGCGUGACGACGACGAUGAAUGUGCCGUGCGGGUGCGAGCCCAGGACGGUGCUGUACGUGACCGGGUGUGCUACGGCGUGUCCUACGGGUUGUCUGACGCGGACUUCAACGUUUAGUGCGGUGUGCUAGGAACGGCAGCAGGCAUGGUUUCGUGUGGAUAACCGUUGUGAUUCAACUUGAGUUUUAAAAUGGUGCUCUGCUUGCCCUCUUGUUGCUCAGGUCAGGAGAGCCCUGGACCACGGAGAGUGCCGACGCCAAGACGCCGGCAGCCGCCGGGUAGGUCAGGUCCAACUUGGCUUCCAAGUUUUGAG